CGUGGUCAGAGAGUUUUGGAAUCUUGAACCAGGUUGUGCUUAAAAUCCUGGGCGUGGUUAUGUUGAGCCCCGCCCACCGGCUCCUGGGUUGAGCUGCAGACCCCCAGCACAAAGAUUUGUCUUUCAGGACAUCAUGAACUUCAUCCGGCCAGCCAUCCUGAGGAGUGUCAUCUGCAGCACCAGGGGCCCUCCUGGCAGGGCCACACUGGCCCCUGGGGGCCCCUCUGCCUUCUACAGCUCUGGUGAGUGUGGCUCUCCCCAUGAAUGAUGCCCAGCAUCCUUUUAUUGAUUAUCCUUGAAUUAACUGCAUUGCCCAGGAAACGGUUAAUCCAGAACUCCUAUAAAAGUAAUAAUAAUAAUCCCUAUGCAGCUAUGGCCUUUUCACAGACAGGAAUUGCUAGUCAGUAUUUGCAACAGUUGGGCUGCUUGAGUUUACUGCCUCACUCUUAACUACAAUCCCCAUCAUCCUCAGCCAGCCAUAGGCUUCAUGAAGACAGAGGGGAUGGGAGAGUAGUCGUGGCUGGAAGAUGGGGGAGGGUCUGUGUUACCACUGAUGACUAAUCUUGGCACCCCAGAACUAAACUUCCUUAGCUCCUCAGACAAGUCUAAAUUUGGGAUUUUCAAUUAUUUUUACAGCUGUAUGAAUAUAUUUCUCUAUAAACUUGCCAAGAGCUUGUUGCAGUAAAGGGUUAACAUGUUUAGUAUUAUCUAUAGAGGCUGAACACCCAGUGCACUGUCAUUAUGGGGGGGAGACACACCCCCUGCUAGGACAUAGUGCAUUGAGGACUACCCAGUGCUGCUGUCUGGGUGUACUAUGUAUGUAUUAAUAUUACCCCAGUGUAAGCCAUUCAUUAGAGGGCUCUCAGGAGUUAGGCUGUAUUACUUGCUAAUUAGUAGCAGCUGAUUUGGCCAGGGGCCUCUCAAUUCAAUUAUGAAUGAAAUACACUAAUUGCUAGCAUGGGAACCUGCUCUGUGUGUAAAUAAAGCCUCUAUUUAUUGAGCUGCUGAUGUGUACAGUGCUGUACUCCUAGAUGUAUAGUGCUGGCACAUGUUACAUGUGUAGAUUUCUGUGGGAAUAUCACUGCCUCCUUACAAAGUUAUUCACUAAAGAGAAAAAAUUUGUGAAUUCACAUUUAAGGCCAGAGUAGCCAAUCUAGAAGCAUCAUUGACUUGGAGAAUUUUCCAGUUUGGCUAUCUUGGCCUUAAAUUUGAAGUUCGUUGUGUCUCCCUGACAAUUCUUACUUCUGUGAAUAACCCUAUUAAUGAUUCUUAUUAAACACAAUCCGCCGAUGGAUGAUUAUUAUUAUUGCCAUUUAUAUAGCGCCAACAGAUUCCGUAGCGCUUUACAAUAUUAUGAGAGGGGGGAUUUAACUAUAAAUAGGACAAUUACAAGAAAACUUCCAGGAACGAUAGGUUGAAGAGGACCCUGCUCAAAUGAGCUUACAGUCUAUAGGAGGUGGGGUAUAAGACACGUUAGGACAUAUGUUACUGCCGUUGUAAGAUGUGAGGGUUAUCUAGUAUGUUUUUAGGUUUAUCCAGGUCAACAAUGUUUUAAAAUUCUGCUAUUUUGCCUAAAUAUUGAAAUUCUCUCAGAAUCCAUGACACCCCAAACUUCAAUGAAUGACCCUGUUUUACUUUGACGUCAUCCCUUGCUAAUUAUGUAUUAAUAUUUUAAAGCGCUAUGGAAUAUGCUGGCGCUAUAUAAAUACCCGGUAUAAUAAUAACAAUAAUUAUGUAUACUAUCCCUUCUACCAUGUCUAUGCAGUGUAUAUGCAUGUAUCACAUUUCUCCCCACCCCCAUAAAUGAAUGAAUACAUCCAAAUUCCAUCACAUUCUUCUCGUUUCCUCCAGCUAACUGGAAGGACCCUCCUGGUAAGGGGGUGGGGGUGGAUUUUCUCUCAAAUCUAGACAAACUCAGGUUCUGUAAUGAAAUCAACUCGUUGCAAUGUCCUUGUCUUUUUCAAAAUAUUUCAGUGACUUCCACCCUUUACCCACAUUAUUUCAUAACUUCUCUUCAUGUGGGUGCACCCUAUACACACACAGAUUUAUUUUGCAAAAAAUUGCACCCAUAGUCAACUGUUUGCCACCCAUCCCCCGUCACAUACAUCCACACAUACCCUAACCAAGCAUUCUGCAUUAGUUGUGCUGCAGGCUGUUCUGUCUACUACUCAAUAUUCCCCCUGUGUUUAGUCUGGACACCCAGUGUGAGAUCGAAGUGAACUAUCUCCUAACAUUCCGCAAAAUCUUCCCAAUAUUCAGGGUUUUUUUCCCCCCCCUUAUUCAAAUUUAAAUAUACUAAAUAACUUCAGGCUAAAAUAUCUGACCUGGAUAAAUUUUUAAACUCCCCUCUAGGGACAGAUUGGCUGAUUUUAUCCUGAAUCUUAUUAUUAUUCAGAUUUUGGUCUGGUAUGUUUUGCAGUUUAGUAAAUAACGUUGAUGGUCCCUUCUUAAUGCCCCACGUCUACACAGAAGGCAGAAUGGAUGGGAAAUUCCUGGCAAAAAAAACAAAACAAUACAACCACCAAUCCUAAAUCAUUCUGAGUGCGUAAUCCAUUUCAAAAAUGGAAGUAGAUACUUAGAAUAGCCUUUCAGUGGUGGUGGUAGUAAGCGCUAAAACCAUAAAGGACCUAGCAUAGUAUCAUGGUAUUCAACUGCAACAAGCAGACUGCUUGUUAGCUACCUCCUGCCAUAUAGGAAUUACAUUUUUGGGGUGCACGUAAAGUGGUCUUGAAUAACUGCAUUAGUAAAAUUGGUGUUAGAUGGCAUUACGAAAUCCUGCUAUUUAGCUAGUUACCCACAAUGGGUGCUGGAGUACUCAAGUUUUGCCAUCACUGUACUAUCCCAAAUUUCCUGCAGAAAUGUCCAAUCCUAAUUCCAGUUAGCCCGAUGUCUUAACAAUGUUAGGCAUUAGGGAUUAAGUCAAUCCUACCGACCGUUUCUGAGAAAUGGCAUUCCUUCAAUUUCCCAGUUUUCUUUUCAAACUUUUAAUUGACUUCAUCCUCAAAUCUCUCUUUUGGAUUCUCGUUUCUCGUUGCAGUUAAUUGACUCUAGUUGCAGUCUUCCUAAAACUUAAUCUUGGCAUCCUACUCUAAAUUAUCUCUCCAUCUGUUGUUAGUGGUGGCCGGAGCACAGGAGCGCACUCUCGUUGCCGUGAAGCCUGAUGGGGUGCAGAGGAGAUUGGUCGGUGACAUCAUCAAACGCUUUGAGCAACGCGGGUUUAAAUUAGUGGGCUUGAAAAUGCUGCAGGUAGGCCACAAGCUGUCUGUUCUGACUUCAUUAAAUGUCCAAAUGAUUGGCUGGCUGAAUAAACAUACAAUGCUAAAACAUAAUAUUCUUUAUCAAAAUCCGUCUGCUGGUGUAGAGUUUAUAUUUUAUUUAUUUUUUGCAAAUGAUACUAUAUUUUAGGUGGUGAUGGGACUAUUUUUUUAUCUUAUGGCCCAUCUUUCUGAAAGUUGUAUAAAACAGUCAGACCUGUCCAGUACUUGUGACAUAGUCAUUCGCUAAAAUAAAACUAUUUUUUGACCUCAGAUUGAUGAUUGAUUUACAUGUACCAAGCUUAGUUAUUCGUUAUUUUUAUUGCUCUAUUAUCCUGAUGGUGAAAUCAGAAUAUUAAUUAUGAUGCUCCCAACCUUUAAAAAUUGGGGGGAAAAAUGGAAUGCUGGGACUCUUCUGAUUGGAGGUGCAGGUAUCCAGGCUCCUCACAAACAAAGCCUAAAAUAUGAAUGACACUGCACUCUCAAAACAUAUCGUGAAAAUAUAAGAAUAGAAUUUUUUUUUUUUGUAAAUUUAUUUAUAUUCUUACAUCUUCACGAGAUGACGGUGAGGUAUUGCCCUCUCGUUGGAAAAAGUAACGUAAAACAAUUUGUGACAUUUUAGCACUUUUAUCCAACUCUGUGGCAAUAUACACAUGAAUAACGAUCUGGUUAAUAUAACCUUUACGCAAUAUGUUUUGAGAGUGCGGUAUCAUUUAGUUUUGCGCUUUACUUUUAACAUAGAAAACUUCAAACUUUGGCUAGAUUUUAAUUACUUGUGUUUUCAUCGUAUUACAUUUUAAAGAAUACAAUGCUGUAAAAAUAUAUAGUUGAAUUUUCAAAUGGCUGAUGAGGUAGACAAGGCAAGACUGAUAUUGAUAGCAAUGAGUACAUUCUAAAUAAUCAUCAUCUGUAGAGAGGGCAUUCUCGAAUACCUGCUUAAAGCUCUAACACAUGAAGCUGUCUAAAUAAUGAACUUUUAAUUUUUUCAGGCUUCCGAAUCAACCCUAGCUGACCAUUACCAUGAUCUUCGCAGGAAGCCAUUCUAUCCGUCCCUCAUCCGAUACAUGGCUUCUGGUCCUGUAGUUGCCAUGGUAAGUGUCUUUCGCCUAAUAAGUGCAUAGUGUGGAUGACAAAAUGUUGACUAUGUUUAUAGACUUGGACCAGAACCUCUCUGUGUAUUACAUUUUAAUGGUCUUUAUGUAUCUGUUUUCUAAAUUAGAACUCCAGAAGCCUAUGGUAAGUAUGAACGUUUGAUAUUCUGUUCCCAUUGACUAUCCGCAAGCGCCCAUCAUUGCAGCUUCUUAAACUAACGCUCUGCACUCCGUUAGAUUGGGAUAAACUGAAAGGUGGCUGAAGUUGGCCACAAAGCUUCUUCAAUCUCUGUCUUCAUGUUAUGUGGUUGAUGUAAAAUGGCAGGUUUUGGGGCUAUCCUCUUGGUUCUCUGUGUCACUGUUAUUUGUUGAUGCAAUCCAGCUGCUAUAAGUUGUGUUUUUGUUUUGUUUUUACACCUUGAUUAAAGGUAGAGACCACUAUGAAUGAAUUAACUCUCCACCCGGCGUGUGUGUGUGUACAUUGAACUAUCUUCUUGCUACUCAGGUCUGGGAGGGCCACAAUGUUGUGCGAUCAUCCCGUUUUAUGGUCGGAGACACAGACUCAGCCCAGGCCAAGCCAGGAACAGUCCGCGGGGACUUCAGUGUUCACAUCAGCAGGUAAAGCUUCUGGGGCAGACGAACAGACGUUCACCUCAGUGAAUUAAAAUUUAGUUUCAAAAUGGCUAAACUAAAAACAUAGCUGACUUGGAGAAUUUUUUUUUUUUUUUUAAAUGUAUCUAUCUAGUUUGGCCUGAAAUUCUAAAAUUCACUUUGAAUUCACACUUUCAUGAAUUACCCUGACAAAUUUCCUCCUUUCCAAUGUGUGUACUCUCCCCCUUUUCCCAACUAUUCUUUUGUUUAUUUUUCUACUUCUCAAAUUUCUUCACCAAUAUCCACGUCACCCCCUUUCUUAAUUGUUAAGUGUUGAACAUCAUGUAUCAAUCACCCGUGACCUUUCCCUCCUUCCCCAGGAAUGUAGUCCAUGCCAGCGAUUCUGUGGAAGUGGCUGAGCGGGAAAUUAGCCUCUGGUUUCACAGUGCUGAACUGGUCAACUGGGAGAACUCCGACCAAAGUGACUUAUAUCAAGUUUGAUGCUGCUUCAUGGCCCAUCAGUCAUUUCGACCUCAGGAGACUUGCGCGCUGAAGGGCUCAUAAAAUCUAUAUCUCCAUCUGAACUGUACGGACGUCUGGCUUCUACAACAACCAGGGACCUCGGGGGCAGCGUGGGAACCAUGUAUAGGGCCCUAACUAUAUGGUACCACAACGCUGCCAAGACUGCCUUUAUUUGUACACACAACCCUCUCUGUGAGAGUAACCGCAACAUUUAUCAACACUGCGUCCUUCUAGGAUGAUGUCCAUUCUUCACUCAGGGAUGGGGGCAUGAAGAAUGUUUACCAUGAUAAUGCAGAGCCAGCUUAAAGUCAAGUGUGUAUUCUUUGUUUGAGGCAAUGCAGAAGUUGUGUUAUCAUUAUAGUACAAUUUUUGUGCAUUUUAAUUGCAUCAUCUUCUGUCACAAUCUGGCCCUUUUGGUAUUGGGCUUUAACAGAUUAAAUCACUGGGCUGGUAUUCCCAGCCUGACUAAUGGUAUAACUGUUUAAUAAACGUGUUCCUCUUUAUAAAAAUAGACUUGAAACAGUAUCCUGUUUACGUGAUCACAGUCGGGGAUCUAUUUAAAGAGGGCUUUUUUUCCAUUGCACAGUCUUUUGUUCUUGGGAAGAAGUAAUGCUCAGUGAUCUUGCCUUAUUUGUCUCAACGUUAAGGUAUCACUUCUCUUGUUUACCCCUUUUAAAUUACUCUUUAAAUUUACCCUUUUAAAUAAAAAGUGGCGAAAAGUUACACGUACAGCUGCUAUAGAACUACAAUUCCCAUGAUCCUCUGACAGCCAUAACAGUAGAGAAUCUAGCAUUCAGUCUUUGUUGCCUUAGGGGAAUUUUACAUUUUAUGUCAAUUACAUAUUUAAAGGUAACAUAAAAUAUGGGACUCCUCCCUGGCACCCCAAUAUCCAGGAUUUACACUUCCCAAAUACCAAUAGAAGUUCCAUCCAACCUGGACAGCAGUGAUGGCCAGAGAGCGCUGGGGUAAAACGCCCA